AUGCCCAAGAUCUGGGGCGCAGCCCUGGGCCCCUCCACCGCGGAGGUCGCUCUCUUAAGUGAGGGCUUUUUUAUUUUUUCCACCGCAGAGGGGUUGCGGCCCUGGCGCCAUGGCAACGAGGGCGGGGCCUCAUUUGAAUAUCCAAAUAUUCAGAAGACACCCACAGUGGUUCGAGUGCUGCCGGUGAGGGGCUUCUGGCAGGCUCUGGGUUAUCUGCCUGCUGGCCGCAUCGACCGAGCCGAGCUCGGACCCCGGGAGACACAUGGGCGCGCGCCCCGAGGCCUGCAUCACCUGAGUAAAGCCCUGUCGGGUCGUUCUUCAAAUGGGGCGCGGUAUGAGCUGCUGCAGGGUUGGGACCUCGAGUUUGGGGGAGGCAGGGGGAUCUUCUCCAAAGUACAAGGAGCACAGUGUGAUGGGCCGACGCUGCCCCGGGAUGGGACCUUCGCUCCACCUCGGCCUACGGGAACAGGCAGCUUGGGGUUCCGGCGGACUCUGCCUUCCUCUGGUAUCCUGCGUCCGCGGUGCAGAUUGUUCCCGACGCCAGGUCUGUGUCGGAAUGACCUUUCCGCUCCCUGGGCCUCUGGUGCGGCUGCAGGUCUAGAGUUGACGGACAGGAGCGGGGCGGAGCGGGGCGGGGCGAGCGCGGGCCCGGCCGAGUCCCCGCGGUCCGCGCCCGGCGCCCGCAGCCUGAGCCGCACCCGCCGCGGACGGAGCCCAUGCGCGGGCCCAGCCGGCGCCGGUCCGCGCCCCCGCCCUGCCCCGGCCCCGGCCCCGGGGGCAGUCGCUCCAGCAAGCGGUGGGGCAGGAGCUCCUGGAGUGACAGUCCGUAUAGAAGCGAUGACAGAAUACAAGCUUGUGGUGGUGGGUGCUGGAGGCGUGGGAAAGAGUGCCCUGACCAUCCAGCUGAUCCAGAACCAUUUUGUGGACGAGUAUGACCCCACCAUAGAGGACUCCUAUCGGAAACAGGUGGUCAUUGAUGGGGAGACAUGUCUGCUGGACAUCUUAGACACAGCAGGUCAAGAGGAGUAUAGUGCCAUGCGGGACCAGUACAUGCGCACAGGGGAGGGUUUCCUCUGUGUGUUUGCCAUCAACAACACCAAGUCCUUUGAAGACAUCCAUCAGUACAGGGAGCAGAUCAAAAGGGUGAAGGACUCAGAUGAUGUGCCAAUGGUGCUGGUGGGGAACAAGUGUGACCUGGCCGCUCGUACUGUUGAGUCUCGGCAGGCCCAGGACCUUGCCCGAAGCUAUGGCAUCCCCUACAUUGAAACAUCAGCCAAGACUCGGCAGGGUGUGGAGGAUGCCUUCUACACACUAGUACGUGAGAUCCGGCAGCACAAACUGCGGAAGCUGAACCCUCCAGAUGAGGGCGGCCCCGGCUGCAUGAGCUGCAAGUGUGUGCUGUCCUGACGCCAGGCUCAGGACGUACGUGGAGGUGCCGGAUGCAGGGAGGAGGUGCAGACGGAAGGAAGGAAAGAGGAGGGAAGGAAGGAAGGAAGUGAUGCUGGAGCCGGUCCAGUCCAGGGAUGGUGGACAGAGGUGACCAAGACCUUCGCAUGGACGAUUUGAACAGACUGUCAUGAACUGUCCCUGUUGCCACUGGCACCCCAGUCCUCAACCCCUCUCCGUUCCCUCUGGGUGCCUAUGGGGCACAGGUUGAAUCACAGUAAAUUAUUUGAUGGUCUUGA